CUAUUUGUCAGCGGAUGAAUGGGAGUUCCUUCCCGUCGGGAUCCUAAAGCUGGACAACAUUAGUAAAGAGACGCAUACCAAACACAUGAGCAGUGUUUUCUUUCAAUGGGACGGCGAAGUGAAAAGACGCAGCAAUGACAUUCUACUGGCAAGAGCAGCAGCCGCGCGCAGCUACACCGAGCACAAAAUAAGUAUUGUGGGGACCGACGUUGAUGCAACUGCCGUUCGGGAGGAAACGCAGACGAGACAGAUGUAAUUGGUUUAAAUACAGCGCAGCUGGUUCAGUUCUUUCGGUUGCUGUAUGGAUUGUUGUCGUUAUCACUCGUUUUACAACAAACAGAGCUACCAGCGAUUCCAAAUUACUUAGGAAUUCUGCGCGGCUGUGAAGGGAAUAUCGCUGCGGCGCAACACGGGAAUGCCAUGUGUCGGGAAGGGGCAUAGAAGAGUAUUGUGGUUUGGUUUCCACCGGGGACAGGUGGUGUUGUGUGUGUUGGGGGAAAGGGGGGUUGGGACACACAACCCGAGAGACAGUUGUCUUGAGGAUGUCACUCUCCCGUGCGGGAUCUGUUCUGGACAGAGACAGGUGCGACGGGGAGAAGGAAUAGUUUACAAAAGACAGGCGCGGGUGGAACGGCGUUAAGGUUUGGAUUGACGAGAACCUAUAACGUCGCCUUCUUCAGCACUCUGGAUUGCCGUCCUUUGGAAGCACGCGCUGUGUGGAAGCGAGAACUGCCCCAACCUCCGAUACCGGGCGCACCUUUUCCGCGACAGGCACUGCAGAGGGAACUCAGACGUGGCUAUAAGAUUCUGGAAGAUUCUUCCCAGCCACCUCAUUGAUUUUUGCCCACCACUUCGGAUAAGUUUAAGAAGUGCUAGUUCUCUGCUGCCAUGACGACCCUGGCCAUUCCCUUCAUAUUGGUGUCUGUCUUGCUCCGAUUGGCCGACGCGGCCUUCCCCGAGGAGCCCGGACCGCUAAGCUCCACCCCCACGGACGUUUCCAGGCGGUACCCUGUCUUUCUGGGUCGGGCCCAUCGUUCGACUACGAGACAGGAGCCUCUACACAUUCAGAGGAUCCUCAAGGUCAACCGAACCCUGUACAUCGGAGCCAGGGACGACCUUUACCGCGUGGAGCUGGACAAUGUGGCGGGAGAGGAGAUGUUCUACAGCAAGAAACGCACCUGGGAAUCGAAUAAAAACGACAUCAGGAUCUGCCGGAUGAAGGGCAAACGUGAGGACGAGUGCCGGAACUUCAUGAGGGUCCUCCUGAGCCGGCGCGGCGGCCUGUUUGUCUGCGGCACCAACGCGUUCAACCCCCUGUGCGCCAACUACACCGGAGACACACUGGAGAUGGUGGGAGAGGCGGUCAGUGGAAUGGCACGGUGCCCUUACGAUCCCAAACAUGCAAAUGUGGCCCUGUUUGCAGAGGGGAACCUGUUCACCGCCACCGUGACUGACUUCCUGGCCAUCGACGCGGUGAUCUAUCGAAGUCUCGGGGACUACCCCGCCCUGCGCACCAUCAAGCACGACUCCAAGUGGUUCAGAGAGCCCUACUUUGUCAGUGCUGUGGAGUGGGGGCCUCACAUAUACUUCUUCUUCAGAGAGAUAGCGAUGGAGUUCAACUACCUGGAGAAGGUGAUGGUGUCACGUGUGGCCCGCGUGUGUAAGCGGGACCUGGGCGGGUCGCAGCGGGUUCUGGAGAAGCAGUGGACCUCCUUCCUGAAGGCCCGGCUGAACUGCUCCGUCCCGGGAGACUCCCACUUCUACUUCAACCAGCUGCACUCCACCAGCCCCAUCCUGAGCAUGCACGGCCGGGACAUCAUCCUGGGGGUCUUCUCCACGCCCGCCAACAGCAUUCCCGGGUCGGCGGUGUGCGCCUUCGACAUGGAGCAGCUGGCCAGCGUCUUCGAGGGGCGGUUCAAAGAGCAGAAGUCCCCCGAAUCUAUCUGGACUCCUGUCCCGGACGAAUUCAUCCCAAAACCCAGGCCUGGCGGCUGUGCCUCGCAGGGCUCCGGGUUCAACUCCUCCAACGCCUUCCCGGACGAGAUGCUGAACUUCGUGAAGACGCAUCCGCUGAUGGACGAGGCCAUCCCGUCCCUGGGUCAGAGGCCCUGGAUCGUGAGGACUAUGGUCAGGUACCAGCUGAAUAAGAUGGUGGUGGACACGGAGGCGGGGCCGUACAGGAACCGCACCGUCCUAUUCCUGGGCUCGAGCCGAGGGACCGUCCUCAAAUUCCUCAUCGUCCCCAACAGGGACAACACCGUGUCCAAUGGCAACGUCUUCCUGGAGGAGCUGGAGGGUUACAACCCUGACAAGUGUGGGCCGAACACUCCCCAGGCUCGACAGCUGCUGUCACUGAUCCUGGACCGCCCGAGCCACACCCUGCUGCUGGCGUUCCCGUCCUGCGUGGUCAGAAUUCCCGUCGCCCGCUGCCAGCUCUUCUCCGGCUGUAUGAAGAACUGCAUUGCUUCCCGGGAUCCGUACUGUGGCUGGACCCGCGGGAGUACCUGCUCCUUUCUCCGGCCCGGGACAAGACUGCCGUUCGAGCAGGACGUGGAGCACGGGAACACCUCUCACCUGGGAGACUGCGACGGUCUCCUGCAGGAGAGCUUCAUUGAGGAGCCUGACGGGUUGGUGUCGGUGAACCUGCUGGUCCUGUCCGCAGUCUCGGCCUUCGCCACCGGGGCGGUGCUGUCGGGCCUGGCGGUGUGCUGGAUCAUGGGCCACAAGCACCGCUCGCGCUCCCGCUCCGGCGCCGCCCGGGGCUCCCGGGGCAAAGGGGACAAGGAGCAGAGCAUGCUGGGACAGGGCGGGAGCGGCUCGGUGGUGAGCGUGAGCCGGGCGGGCGAGGGGGGAGGCGGGGGCCGGGGGGGCCGCGCCCAGGCGGAGACGCUGUUCGACAUGCCCAACGGCUGGGCCCGGGGCGAGCUGGACCUGCUGCCCACCCCCGAGCAGACCCCCCUGCAGCAGAAACGGCCCCCGCCGGGCCUGCGCCUGGGGGACACCAGCUGGGACCAGAGCCAGACCUUCCUGAACUCCAACUCCCAGAACACCCCGUCCUCCACCGUCAUCUAUCUGAGCUCCAAACUCCUGCAGGGGAGGAGGGAGGAGCCCGGCGACCCCGGCCAGCCCGCCGAGCGGCAGCACUACCUCUCAUUGGCCGGCCACCACCGAGGGGAGGGGCAGGGAGGAGGGGGGCGGGCCCUGCGGAACUCGGCGGGGGAGUACGCCUACCCCGCCACGCCCCAGGAGUCCCCCGACCGCAGGAGGGCCGUCUCCGCCCCCAACCCCCAGAUGGAUUUCGGGGAGCCCACCCUGCGCUGGGGGCCCGAGGGAUACAACUUCAACAGCAACAACGGGGCCCCGUCCCCCGCCCUCUGUCACUACCCUGCCCUGCGGGGGCCCCACCACCCCGGCCUGGCCCGGCCCGGGCUCCACGGGGCCCCCCGGGGGUUAGGCGACAUGGCCGACUACAGCCGCCUCCUCGUGAAGGGCGGGAGCGAGCGGACCUCGACCAGCCAAUGAGGAAACACGAAAUCGAUUUACAAAAAAACACGGGGCUCCUCCUCUCCUCUGAAGUCAUAAACCCGGCCCCUUUCCCCUCCAUAACCACGCCCUCCCCCCUUGCACACACUCACACACCUGUCUCCCCGGCAACUGGAACGUCCCCGAGACUCCGCCUCCCCUCCUCCCGUUGGUCCGUCCUCUCUCGCUGACGUUCGGCGUGCUUACGUCGCCACGGUAACUGUGACUGUAACUAAGAGACCUGUGAGUGGUGGAGGAGCUGGGAUUGGGUGGAGCAAAUACAACUAGAAAAUAUAUUUUAUUACAAAAGUACAGAAAUACAAUAUACCUCCCAGAUAAAUGUAUCUAUAAAGUCCCAUCAAAAAACUGUGGGUUUGUGAGGACACUGUAGGUGGCACAGAGACCCAUAUCAUUUGAGAUACUGCCAGACCGUGCAGAGUGAAGACCGUGGACCAGGGGUGCCUGUGUAACCCCGUCUCUCGUUUUGGGGAGUUUCCGCUGAUGUUGGAGGGGGGGGGGGGCUGUGAAAGACUGACCUCUGAACCCCCCGCUGCUGCCAACCCGAGAGACCUCUGUCCGCUUCGCGCUCACGCCCGUGCCCGUCAGACGGGUCACAUGCGCUCUCUCGGAUUUACAAGCAGGCGCAGGUCACGUGCACGCUCCUGAGUUCACGGGGCGGGCUCACGUUGGCCUCGUCUCCCAGCGGACGUGAGAAACGGCGGAGGACGCGGAUUCUGACUGAGUGCAGGAGAGCGGGGAUGGUGACGGGCGUCCAGGCACCCUGCCUUCAUGUGACGAUGGAACUACAGUUCACACACACCCACACACACACACACACACACACCCAUACAUACUCCACACACACGCAGCGAGGUGUCUCCUAUAUCUCCUCUCCCAUCCCCCGCUGAGGACUGGAGAGGAGGGGAGAGGGACAGCAGGGUGGGGGAGGCGGGAGCACCUUCGCUGUCCGUCUUGGCGUUUUGCGGCCGAUUGUA